AUGCAGACACAAGAUGAUUCUCCAGACAAAAUGGUUGCAAUAACAGAGAAGAAUCGAUUAUUAGUCAACCAUGUUGCAAUAUAUUUAGGGAUUAAGCUUAUAAUUUUCUUAACGUUUAUUCCAUUACCAUUUUUAGUGCAUAAUACUGGAAUUGUUUUUGCAAUACUUAUGAUGCUAGAAGUAUUGCAAUUCUUUUCAACUAAAAACAUUAGCGGGCUACAUCUCGUCGGUCUAAAAUGGAAUUUUAUGAAACCUAACGAAAACGGCGAUUAUGUUGAAUAUUACGUUCGACCACCUCCAUUUAUUCCAAGUACUUCACAAUCAAACUUAUUCUGGUUAGGAUUUUUCAUAUCAAUAGUUUAUUGGGUUUGUUCAUCAAUCAUCUACGUUAUUUUCAUGAGGUUUGUAGUCCUUGCUUCUUGCCUCAUUAUAUUAUUUUUCGAACUCCUCAAUUUUUAUUUCUUUGCACAAGCACAUUUAUAUGCAAAACAAGCCUCAGAAAAUGAAAUUGCAUCAAAAUUCUUCGAUGUUGGACCAACAGAUGCUAUUACUGCUCCAGAUCCAGAAAAUCCUGAUGCACAAAGUAAUAUUCCAGAUAUAGACGAUAACAUUGAUGAAAUACCAAAGGAUGAAGAUAUAGAGCUUAAACCUGUUAAGACAGAAUAA